AUGAAAGGCAUCGAUUUCGACCAGCACACGACCGUGCUGGAGUUCAGGCAGCGCCUGAAGAGUUGGAAGGUCGAGAACGCGGUCGGCGGCGCCUCGAGCAACGUGGCCUAUCCAAGCUUGCAGAUCACGGGGAGCGACAUGGUGCUGGAGCUGGACAACGGCCGAGCGAGCCCGCUCCUGGCGCGCUUCGGCAGGCCGCUCGAGCCAGAUAACCUCAAGACCACCAUCCAGGAGGUGUUGGCCGAGGAGGUGGUCCUGGACGACGAGUCGGUGACGCUGACGGCGACGGUCCAGCCGGUCGAGGAGCACAAGAUGGACACCGGCGACCACGGCUUCCAGAAGGCGGGCGAGACCGACCAGGAGACGGACGCGGCGUCUCCGCGCGACAAGGACCAGCCGCCAGUUUCGGGCCGGCGGCCAGGCAUCAAGAAGGGCAAGCGCGUCGGCCUACUCUACCAGGUCACGGGCUUGCUGAGCGCCUUCGCGUUUCAGGCGGUGCUCGCGGCGAACUGGCUGUCCCAACCUCACAAGCCGUUCGCUCAGCAUGCGACGAGCGCCGCGCAGGACGUGGCGGUCCACGCGAGGAACGCCAAGGAGAUCUACACCGUCCGGGGCCACGGCGUGGACGUCAUGCAGGUAGUCGGAGACGAAGGCGGUAUUGCCGAGGCGGCAGUGCGCCGCAACGCGACAGCCACGGAGGUGAUCGACCGCAAGUACGGCUGGGACCUCCGCAAGCACAAGGACCUCGAGAUGACGCACGAGCGGUGCUACGCAUCGAGGCCGAAGUCCGCGUCGAUCGGGCUACCCUGCGUCUACUACGCGAACAUUGCGCGCCUCAACUUCCGCGCGCCGCAGGGCAAGCAGGCACUGCGGCGAUUGUGGCGCGCGGAGCUGCCAUUCCUUCUCGUGGCCCGCGACCUCUUCCAGUCUCAGCUCGAUUCAGGCGGCGUCGCCAUGAUCGAGAAACCGGCCACCAGCCGGAUCUGGACACAGCGCAUCAUGAUGAAGCUACUUGCCGACAAGCGCGUGUACCAGGGUGGGCCUCGCGCCACCGCGCCCCUGGGAGAGACGGGCGAGCUCAUUGGGGACCCAGGCCCCAUGGGCGGCGGAGGCGACUUCGCCGACACUCACGACGUGAAGGCCGACGAGACUGUGGACGGCAGGAUCGGGGUCGGCGCGGUCACUUUCACAGAGAUUGUAGCAGCCUGCUGCAAGCCAGCCGAGCUGGCCGCGCUCAAGAGACUCCACGUCCACUUGGGCCAUCCGUCGAAUGAAGACUUGGGCCGCAGUCUGCGACUCAAGGGCGCUAAGUCGGCCACCGUGCAGGCCGUCAAGGGGCUGAUCUGCGGAGUGCGUCGCUCGCGGCAGCGCCCGAGCGCAAGGAGACCAGCGCACCUACACUUUGUGCAAGAUUUCGACGACGGCGUGGGCAUCGAUUGCUUCGAGCUCAAGGACGUCGACGGCAAGAGCUACUGGUACUUCAGCAUCGUCGACUUGGCCACUACGUUCCACGUCGCGACGCUGAUCGGUCGCCACACCAGCCAGGAGUUCGCUACGGCCUUCGAGAGGUGCUGGGCCUCCUGGGCCGGCGUCCCAGACCGAGUCCAUUUCGACAUGGGGAGGGGGUUCGGCGGCGUUCUCAGCGAGAUGUUCCAGUCUUCCGACGCGGUGCAGCUACCUAUCGCGGGACAGGCCCACUGGAAGCGCGGCCGAGUGGAACGUCAGGGAGCCUGGUGGAAGGAGCUCGCUGCAAGGACGAUCGAGCACUCGUCGAUCAGGGGCGAGGACGAGAUGCGGACGCCGGGCAUCAUGGCGUCCGGCGCCAAGAACUCGCUGAGGAGGCGGGCCGGCUUCAGCCCCGCGCAGUGGGUGUUGGGAUGCGAUCCCGAGAUGCCCGCCGACCUGGUGGACGACGCGGCCAACUACAGUGCCCGCAGUCUCGCCACCAACGGCGAGAAUAUUCGCCGCCGAUAUGCUAUUCGGACGGCGGCGCGCGAGUCGUUCAUGCGGAUGCAGAACGACGACCAGCUCAGACGAGCUAUGCUGGCUCGCGCGCACCGUGGCCACACCCUUGUCAGUGGGCGAGAUGUGCUACAUGUUCCCCCAAGUCAAGAAGAAAAGGAGCAGCACAACCGCGACGCCAAGAAGGGCAUCUGGCGGGGGCCGUGCGUGGUCAUCGGUCACCAGGGCAACAACACCUGGGUCUCGCUGGGAGGGCACACCGUGCUGGCGGCCCCGGAGCACAUGAAGGCGCUCGCUCCGGACGACGUCUGGUUCCCGAACGGUCGGGGCGAGAUCGGCCAGGCCGUGGCCGAGUUCAACAGGGCUCGCGACUCACUCGAGCAGGAGGAGGUCCCGGUGGAGGACAUCCGCCCCGAGCCGGGCCAGCCCGAGGUCCAGCCAGACGAGAUGGAGCAGUCGUGGCGUGCUUUCAUCGACAGCCCAGACAACGACGACCUGAGGCUGGGCGUUCCUGAGGACCCGAAGUCCCAGGAGCAGAUCGAGGUGCUGCCCGCCGACCGAGCCGACAUACCUCAUUCAGCCUUGGAGAAGCCCUACGGUCCCGUCGAGUUCCGACGACGGCGAGCGACCUUCGACGGGACGGACAGCGGCGACUUCGGCCCGGCCCUCAAGCGCCUGCAGACCGCCAAAGAGCACGCAGGCUCCGGAGGACCGCCCCCGAGGACAGCCUCGCGCGAUCGGGCGGCCGUGCCCGGCGGCGGAGCAGCGGCUGGAUCCGAGCAGGAGAGCGCUAGAGAGCGUUCGAGGUCGGCUCCCAGAGAAGCGAUGCAGACCUCCAUCGUCACCGAGAGGAUCAAGCGCAAGCAAGCCGACAUGGAGAUCCACUGGAGGGCCAUUAAGGACUCCGACAGGGAGCUCUACCGAGAGGCGGCGGCCAAGCAGUGGAGCGAGUGGCAGAAGUACGGAUCCUGUCAGGUGCUCAACAUCGAGGAGUCCGAGGCGGUCAGGGGCAGGGCCAAGUCCAACUUCAUCUUGCCAAGCCGGUUUGUGUACUGGGCUAAGAACGCGCCGCUGCGGACCGACAUGCACCCGCUGAAGGUCAAGGCCAAGGCCCGACUCUGCGUCGGGCGCCACAUGGGCCCGCGUCUCGUUCAGGGCGACCUGCGCACAGACGCGCCUGAGGUCACCCGCACCUCGACUGUGCUGUUCUUCACCGUCUGCCAGACGUUCGACCUGGAGGUUUACGCAGCGGACGUGGAGGUGGCUUUCAUGCAAGGCGACGAGCAGCCCGACCAGCAGUUGCACAUGGCUCAGCCCCCCGAGGGCUUACCCUGGUUGCACCCGAAGCAGUUGAUCAAUAUCCUCAAGGGAGUCUUCGGGCUAGCCACCGCACCGCGACAGUGGUGGGCUAAGCUCAACAAGACCUUGCUUGCGGUGGAGGAGAGGCUAGCGCUGUACUACGGCUACGGCAAGCAAGGGAGGUUGUGCGCGUUGGUGGUCGCCCACGUGGACGACCUGCUGUUGGGCGUCUCGCCCAAGUACCCGACCUUGUACGACCAGCUCUACAAGCUCCUGCCGUGGGGCGACUGGAGGGGGUUGCCAUUCCCCUUUUGUUGCAAGAAGGCGCGGCGCCAUGAGAAGGGCGUCCUACUCCUGCGCCAGACAGAGUGCGCGAACACGAUCGAGGAGAUCGCGCUCAGAAAGGAACGCAAGACGGAGCUGUCGGUGGAGGCGACGCCAGCCGAGUUUUCGGACAACCGCUCCGCCCUCGGAGACCUGCUCGAGACGAAUCGGCCCAUCAAGCUGGCGCGGAGGCACGCGGACGUGGGACUGGAAGUCCCGAAGCUACGUGGACCGCUCUGCCUGGUCACGUACCACGACGCCAGCUGGGCCAAUGCUGACGAGCCACCUGAAGGUGUCAUAACUACGCUACUCCCGAAGAUCGUGGACAGCAAGGACAAGAAUAUCAAGAUCCGCUCACAGGCCGGCUACGCGACGUUUAUCGCCGAGGCCAAGCUGUUGCGCGGCGACAAUGCGCGAGCGGGAAUCGUUGACUGGCGAUUAGGCACCAUCAAGAGG